AUGCCGUGGCCCUUCUCCGAGUCCAUCAAGAAGCGGGCCUGCCGGUACCUCCUGCAGCGCUAUCUGGGUCACUUCCUGCAGGAGAAGCUCAGUCUGGAGCAGCUCACUCUAGAUUUGUACCAGGGCACCGGCUCCUUGUCACAAGUUCCACUUGAUAAAUGGAGUCUUAAUGAGAUAUUGGAGUCAGCAGAUGCUCCCCUGGAAGUGACGGAGGGCUUUAUACAGACCAUCUCCCUGUCUGUCCCCUGGGGCUCCUUACUGCAGGAUAACUGUGCACUGGAGGUGAAAGGCCUGGAGAUGGUGUUCAGGCCAAGACCUCGACCACGUUCUGCUUCUGAGCCAAUGUAUUGGUCAAGUUUUAUGACCAGCAGUAUGCAGCUGGCUAGGGAAUGCCUGAGUCAGAAGCUGACCGAUGAACAGGAGUCCUCACAGCCCUUUGAGGGGCUGGAGAAAUUUGCAGAGACCAUAGAAACUGUACUGAGACGCGUCAGAGUGACAUUCAUUGAUACAGUGUUGAGGAUAGAACACAUACCUGAAAACUCAAAAACAGGGACUGCCCUUGAAAUACGAAUCAGCAAGACGAUGUAUUCUGAUGAAACUGUGGAUGAGCAGUCAGGAAUUAACGUGCACAGGCCCUCAGCAUUUGCUCAUAAAGUCCUUGAACUCAGCGGUGUUUCCUUCUUCUGGGAUGAAUUCUCAGCAUCUGCAAAAUCCUCUCCUGUUUGUUCAACUUCACAAGUGGAAACUGAGCCCAAGCUUUCUCCCAGCUGGAAUCCAAAGCCUGUCUUUGAGCCUCACCCACAAUUCACUAGAAGUAUAACUGAGGUCACCCCCUCUGACCCUGUGCAGAUUGCUUCCCUGGUGGGCAGUAUUGAGCUGGGCCUAAUUCUGAAACAGAAUGAAGUGCUUCCUGGAGCAAAGCUGGAUGUGGAUGGACGUGUCGAUUCUUUCCAUAUCUUCCUCUCGCCUCGACAAGUUCACCUCUUGCUGGAUAUGUUGUCUGCCAUUGCUGGACCAGAAUCCUCCAGUCGGAUAGGAAUGUCCAGCAAAGAUCGGAAGAGCCGCCCCAUGCAACAAGAAGAUGAGCUUCGCCUUCAAAUGGAACUCAAACGCUAUUUAAAAAAAGAAGCCAUGUCUGGAGGACCGUCCGCUGAGCACAGCUUCUAUGAGACUGACACAGCAAAAACACCUUCCAGCCAUGAUGAAGAAGUAUUCUUCUCAAUGGCGGAUAUGGACAUGUCUCACAGCCUUUCUUCUCUCCCCCCACUUGGUGAUCCACCAACAGUGGAUUUAGAUUUGUCGCUGAGUAGCACUUACACCAGUUCUCCAGUUGGCUCCCCCCUUGGAGGUGCUGCAGCGACAUGGAGUGACUAUCAGGAACAUCUGAGGAUGGAGGAGCCGCUCCUGCGAGGGACCUCGUACAAGCCGAGCAUAAACCAAAACACUCAUAGACGAACCUCACUGCCAGCCCGUUCAGCCUCUGUGGAUGAAUCUAGACCAGAGCUUGUGUUCAGACUGGCCGUAGGCUCGUUAUCCAUCUCCGUACUUCAUAUAGACCCCCUGCCACCGACAGAGGCCACGUCGAGCCCUAAUCCGCUGACCCCACUGUCACUUGGGUUCUUCAGCCGCAUAGAGGCGUUACAGCCGCAGACCUUCACGCAGAGCGACUUUGCCUGUUUACGAAAUAUCUUUGCGGAAGCCUGCACUCAUGACCACCUCAGAUUCCUAGGAACUCAAAUAAAAAUCUCCCAUGAACAGCGCCAGAGGUCUGGUGCUCGGAGUUUCAGCACUGACGUGUGUAUUGGGCAGACUGAGUUCUUAGAGUGCCUUUACCCCAGCGAUUCACAGUCUAUUCCUCCUCACUAUACAGAGCUGCUAAAAUUUGACCUAGAAAAGGAUGUGGACGGCAGAUCAUCUCCAUGCAUUCACCUGCAUUAUAAGCAUUCAGAGAACAGAGGAGCUCAGGGCAGUUCUGGACGACUGGGUUCAGCCCCACAGAGAUCAGAGCUUCAGAUCCAAUUGACUUCUGCCUCGUGUGAGCUGGACAUUACUAUUGUAGAUAGACUGAACUCCUUGCUCCAGUCACAGAAACUGGGCACAGUGGAAAUGAUGACGUCACAUCUGUUCACCUCCUACAACAAACACAUUAGUUUGCACAAGGACUUUCCGGAGGUGCUCUUGGAUGAUUCUCGUUCCCCAGUAAACACACGGACCUCUGUGCUAGUCUCUGCUCCAUCUCUCCACCUCGCGGUGCGGUUCCCUAUUCCUGACCUGCGGUCAGACCAGGAGCGGGGUCCUUGGUUCAAGAAGUCUCUGCAAAAAGAGAUCCUGCAUCUGAGGUUCUCCGAUGCUGAAUUUAAGACUGAGGUCCUAGGUGGUUCUUCCCCAGAACAAUUGAAACUGGAGUUCAUUUUUAAAGAGCUAGCAGGUGCCUUCCAGGAAGAAAGUGAUGGACCAGAAAUCCAGUUCCUAAAGGUGGUUAAGAAAAGCAAUGAUUUAGAUGGAGACAUGACAACAUCUGACAAUUUUGAUUGGCCAAGGAUUGUGCUGAAAAUCAAUCCUGUAGCCAUGCAUUCUAUUUUGGAGCGAGUAGUUGCAGAGGAGGAUGAUGAUGGGCAUUUUCACGAAGAUGAGGAAGGGACCUCUCACUCACUAAAAGAUGUGUGCGACUUCAAACGGCCCGAGCCCUCACCUUUCUCCUCCCGGAGAGUCAUGUUUGAGAAUGAAGAGAUGGUAAUGCCUGGAGAUACCAUAGAAAUGACAGAGUUCCAGGAAAAGGCUAUUAGCAAUUCCCACUAUGUGCUAGAACUGACCUUGCCCAGUGUUUUAUUUGGUGCUACCAAACAAAGUCUUCUAUGAGAAAUUAUAUAACAGGAUAAGCAAUGACUUGCUGCUCUGGGAACCCACGGCCCCUUCACCGGUGGAAACAUUUGAAAACCUGUCUUAUGGAAUAGGCCUGUCUGUUGCCAGCCAGCUGAUUAACACCUUCAGUAAAGAUGCCAACAGUGGGUUCAAAUCCACUCUUCAUUAUGAAGAUGACAGUGGCUCAGAAGAGGAAACCUUGCAGUAUGAUUAUAUUCUGGAUUCAAACUAUCACUGUCGCAGAAGAAAGAAGCUAGAGUGUCAAAGCAAACACUCCCAGAGUUUCCUGUCUGUCCUGGUUAACAUUAACCAUGGACUGGUCUCCAUUUAUACAGAUGUUAAGCAUCCCGAUGGGCAGAUAAUGGAAGAUAAACACGGGGAGUUCUGGCUGGAAUUUAAUAAUGGAUCCCUCUUUACUGUGACCAAAUAUGAAGGAUUUGAGGACAAACACUACUUAUGCCUACAUGCCAGCAGUCUAAGUCUCUGUCACCAGGGUAUGCUGGAUGGUGUUGUUGUCUCAGAUGACCUCAGACUCCCCAGCCUUCCCCGACCUCAUUGGUUGGAGCCCACCAUCUAUCCUUCUGGAGAAGAUGGAGCCAGUCAUCGCGCAGCCAGCAAUGGUGUGGGAGUGGACAGUCUCAGCAUGCUAACCAUGGCUGUAAAAAUCCAGUCUGAUAAAUCGGAAAACAAUACAAAGGAAUUCCUUGUCGCUGUGGGACUAAGAGGGGCAACACUACAGCACCGUGUACUUACAUCCGAACAGACCUGGCAUGAGCAGAUAUUACAAUUUUUAAACAUUACUGAUGAGCCAGUUUUAGGCUACAACCCCCCAGCAUCUAUAACCACUUUCCAUGUUCACCUAUGGAGUUGUGCUCUUGAUUACAGACCUCUCUACCUGCCGAUUAGAGCCCUGCUGAAUGUAGAAACUUUCAGUAUUUCCUUCCUGUAGCGUGGCACUGGACAAAUCUUCUUCCAGUUUACGGAUUAUCCUGGAUGAGGCUGCACUGCAUUUAUCGGACAAGUGCAAUGCUGUAUCUGUCAAUUUAAAUCGAGAUUAUGUGCGAGUCCUGGAUAUGGGCCUUUUAGAACUGACCAUUCUGGCUGUGAAGUUUGGAGAAGAGGUAAAAUAUUGGUCCAGGCCACGCUUUGAGAUGUAUUGUUCUAGCGACGUGAUCCAUAUCAGGACAUGCUCAGACUCCUGCGCUGCAUUAAUGAACCUUAUUCAAUAUAUCGCCAACUAUGGGGAUCUGUAUCCACCACCCCGAACACAGACCUCACCAGGACCUCACAAGAAAGCCAAAAAGAAUGACCCCUGUACAGCAUCCAAUUCUCGGGGCCCUCUGCUGGCCGAGGGCAGAGCAGCAAAUACUGCGAGAUUUAAUGAUCGAUGCCAUGGAGGAUAUGGAUGUCAGUCAAGAUUCUGCACCAGUAAAACCCCAGCUAAACGGUAUUUCAGAUGGCAAAUUUGAAUCUCAGGACCCCCCUUGCUCCGACCUAUUCCUUUUUCCCGAUGAAAGCGGUACUACUGUGUCUGAAGAGUCCAGCCCAACAUUCAUGAUGGCCGCUCCCCAUCUUAUGAGUGACGCCAUUCUUGACGGUCCUCUUGAGAGCGAUGACUUUUGUAUCUUGUAUGCUCCAAAAACACCUGCUUCA